UCUACUGUUCUGAGUGGCGCGUGUCUCUUUUACGUUCAGUUAAUCAGCAGAUUGGACGCAGGUGUGCGUUUACCGAGCAAGUUUUAACCCGGCAUAUAAUGCGAAGUUAGACACUCAGAGCCGAGACUUUCUAUUAUAAACUUUGGACCCACAUGUUUUCAUUCAGGAUGUUUGCCUGGUUUUUUGUUUUUGUUUGUGCUUCGGCCGCCGAACAAACCAUGACCGGGGAGCCCCGACGUGUUCCGGUUAACGACACCAGGGUUUUGACGGCAGCUCACUUUGCUGUGGCUGAAUUCAACAAAGUCAACGCAGGAGAGAUGUUCGCUUAUAAAACCGUGGCGAUAACAUCGGCUAAAAUUCAGGUAGUUGCGGGAAUAAAGUACAUUCUGGACAUGCUGCUGGGGCAGACUGUGUGCAGCAGAAACCACGCUGCUGCGGACAGCGAGCCAUGUGCUUUCCAGUCUAGACGCAAGGAGUACCAGUGCCACUUCGUCGUUGUAGAAGUCCCCUGGGAGAAAUCACGUGUUCUCUCUAAAAAUGAGUGCCACCAAAAUAAAAGCUAAUACACUCAUACUGUCACUUUUGGUGUUUCCAAGUAAAGAGUUAUCAGUGA